AUGCACGUAAAUGAACGGAAAGAUAGAUGGCAAAGAAGGUGGUUCGUUCUUUAUGAUGAUGGUGAACUAACAUAUUCUGUGGAUGAACAUCCCGAAACCGUUCCACAGGCCUGCAUCGAUAUGACCAAAGUUCUAGAGGUGACCACCGCCGAAGAUGUUACCGGUCAUAGCAAUUCGAUUGCCAUAACAGCACCAGAUCGUGUUACGUUCGUUAAAGGUACCUGUCCCGAAGAAUCCAAAUGGUGGUUAAAUAUAUUGGUCGCCUUCCCCAAGGCCAAAGGUCGUCACAAACGAAAUGCCACAUUUCCGGGUGCACAGGCCACCACAACCAUUAAUACCACCGGUAGUCUAUUACAAUCGAGUAAUUCAGAUGCAGCAAAUACGGCAGCAGCAGCUGUGGCACGCAGUCGUCAUAAUUCCUAUCACAAGGAUAUUUUAACGUCCACCCAAUCGACGGGUGCAUCAACAACAACCACAACAACGGCAAUGCUCACCGAUGAAAAGAAGAAGUCGUCGUCAUCGACAACAAACGGUAAUACCAAAUUAUGGUCACACAAUGAUGUUAAAGUCGGAACAACAACAACAACCACAAGUGGCAUGAUGGUUCGUAAAAGCCCGUCGAACUCAUCAAAAAUCACUAAAAACUCCCGAGCAAACAUUAAAAACAAUCAUCGUUGCAAUAACAACAUGGCUGGAGGUGGUGGUAAUGUUGUAGCUACUGUUGGCCACAAUGAUGAUGAGGACGAGGAUGAAGUUGUUGCUCACGACGAUGAUGAAGACGACGACGUCGACGAUGAUGAUGAUGAAGAUGAUGGCGUUGAAACUGGCGAAGAUGAUGAAGACGAUGACGAUGAUUUGGACGAAGAGGAAAGUGGCCAUUCCACUGGUGAAGAAUGUAAUACCAAAAAGAAAAGCUCCACACUUGGCGGCGGCAGCAAUAGCAGCAGCAACAACAACAACAGCAAUAAUGUUCAUGAUGAAAAUAAUCGCAAUGCUGUUAAUGAAAUUAAAAAUAGAGUUUCACCACCCUGCCUCCUUAUCGAAGAUAUAAGACGUGAUGAGAAAACCAUUAAAGAUUUGGCCAAUACCAUAACCAAUCUAAGUCAACAGCAAAAGAAUCGCUGGACCACAACGGCCGUCAAUAAUGUCCUCAAUUCGCAUUUGCAUCAAAGCAACAACAACAACAAUAAUAAUAACAAUAAACUAGAUGAUAAAAAUUCACGAGAUGAACCCGAUUUCUAUAGGCCAACAACAAUCAGCAGCAACAACAACAAAUCGUCCACCUCCAGUUGUGGAGGUGGUUCGGGUGAUUCAGCAAAUCAUUUGAGACCAAAAUCCUUACCAUUGGCUGCCAAUUCUACACCCGCCAUUGUAUCGGCAAUUGUUAAGAAAAUACCCACAGUAUUGGCAACAGCCGGAGCUGCAACGACAGCAGCAACAACAACGACGACGGCCAACAACAAAUCUAGUCUACGCUAUCAUCAACAUCAUCUGCAGCAGCAGCAGCACCAACAACAUUCAUACCAAAGCCGCAAACAACAGAAACAGGCCUUGGAACGAGGUGAUCCCGAUGGUGGCUGUAAUUUAGAUGAUCUUUCAUCCAACUAUUUGUCGAAAACAGUAGAAUUGCGUGUGAAUCCAGUGCCACCGUCCUCAGUCCAUGGAUCUUCUUCGGGGGUUACGACGUCAACGUCAGCAGCGAACACAACACCCAACAGCACACCCUCAUCCGUAUUGCAGGAAUCACUGAACGCCAAAAAAGGUUGGCUAAUGAAACAAGAUAAUCGUACCGGUGACUGGACCAAGCAUUGGUUCACCUUAAGUGGUGCUGCUUUGUUCUAUUAUCGUGAUCCGGUUUCCGAGGAACGUGGUGUCUUAGAUGGUGUACUGGAUGUUAAUAGUCUAACAAAUGUGGCCGAAGUUAAUGCCCAACGUAAUAAUGCUUUCCAGCUAACAACAUGGGAUAAGCGGCGCCUAAUAUUGGCUAGUCUAUCGCCGAAUUCUCGCAAUAGCUGGAUAGCGAUUCUGAGAAAUGCUGCUGGGCUGCCCAACAAUACCAGCGAUGAUAUGAAAAGUGAAAUUGAAAAGGAUUUCAUCAAGGCCCAGAGGAUAAUGCCAUCUACCACCCAAAUUAGUCCACAAACUCCCCUGACACCAAAGACUGCUUUGCAUUUUUCAUCCGAUGAGGAAUAUCGUACCGCUUCGGAGGGUGGUCGUCGUGAUAGCAUCGGCGAUUGGGGCUCACCACUCUCCCCCUCACCACCCAGUACCCUGAACAUGAUGAGAGCCAAAGAUCGUAUGCGUUCACGUACCACAACCCCUUGUCCGAGAAUGCACAAGAGAAGUCGCUCCUCCCCACCUUCCUCGCGGCGUAGUACUGUUGACAGUGUGGGUUCUGACGACUUACCCGUCAUCCACACCGUUCACGAAGAAAUCAAUUUAAAUGUCGACAAAGAGCUGCAAUUCCGCCUUAGCGUGGUGGAAAAGGAACGGGAUCUGUUACGCGAUGAAGCCAAAGAACGGGAGGCUCGCAUGUCCGAGUUACUCAACACUCUGGAACGUACGGAACAGGAACUCAAUCAUCGCAUACAAGAAAUGGAAGAGGUUCGAGAAUGUCUAACCAGCCAGCUGGAAGAUGCCAAACGAAAUGCUUCGGAAAUCAUUGAAAGGCUCACCGAUGAAUUGGAUGAAAGUCAAAGGAAAAUCAAGGAUCUGGAAGAUCGCCUGGCCCGUGGCAUUGAGGAAAAUGAAAAUCUCUACAAGCGACUGAGGGAAAUGGAGAGUUGUAGUCCGGCUAGUUUCAUCAAUCUGCAACGCAGUAAAAUGAAACGCAUGGAUUCGCUUAGUGAUCUGACCCACAUCAAUGACAUCGACCCCUAUGGCUUGGAAAGAGACUCCCUGGCCGAGGAAUAUAACGAACUGAAAGGACGUUUCGAAAAAGCCGUCAAUGAAAUUCGGGCCAUGAAGCGGGAGCUAAAGGAGUCACAAAAUCAAUAUGACUCGCUGGAGAUCUCCUAUGCCUCGUUGAAACAAGAUUUAGAGCGCAAGGAGAUUGAAGACCAAUCACAGCUACAAAUGAUGGCAGAUCGCAUACAGGAUCUAACCUUAAAGUACAGUUCCUCAGAGAGGCAGGUGCGAACGCUGAAACAAAAAUUAGCCAAGUCCGAACGUAGAAGGUCCCUAUCGCUGAAGGGUAAGGAACAACUGACCGUGAGCAAAGAAUUGGAAAUUAAGCUAAACGAUUUGGAGACGAAAAUGGAUGAACCCACAUUGGAUUCCCCGCCCUCACGAUCCUCCCCUGCGGUAACGGCGGCAUCGCCUGGCAACCUACGUCUCUCCGAACAUUUACUGGAACGUCUGCGUUGUUUGGAAAAUGUCUUGGUCUCCAGCAAAGAUCGUCUCGAACAGGGUCUAAGUCAGUUGCAGAAUUUACGUUCCUCACGAAAUCGUCGUUCUGUUUCACCAAUUACCGAUCGUAAGGAUUCAUAUCGUUUUGUCGAGAGAUGCCUGCAGGAGGUUUGUGAAGCCACCUCGUCCAAUGAACACAUACCACGUACCGAAAUCUCCAUCGAAUCCCUGCAAGAUGUUUGUCACAAAUGUUGUGAGCUACGCAAACGAGCCGAUCAACUGCUGCAAGAAGUUCAUCGCAAAUUAAAUGAUUCGUGUCAGCAUUGCCUGCAGGUGCGCGAAAAAUUGCACAGUCUCAAGGAGCAACACGAAAGCGAAAUUCUUCGUCUACAACAGUCACACGCCAAAGAUUUAUCAGCCCUAAUGCAACAAGUCGAACAUCAACGUUCCGCCAUACGUUGCCUGGAAGCUGAAAAGAAUGCCAUUAACCAAGAUUUGAAUAAAAGCGAAGAGCUAAUGGAGGAGCGUGAACGCGAGCUGCAGUCGGUAACACAGCUGUUGCAUACCAAAGAGGAUGCCUUGCAUGCCACCCAAGGUGAACAGCGUGAAUUAUUGAAACGCCUCGAAGCGGAAGAGGAAAAAGUGCGUUCAUAUCAGGAGGAGAGCGAUGCACUGACAAUGAAAUGUGCCCGCCAAGACGAUGAGUAUGUAAUGCUGUUGCAGGAACGCGACUAUUUACAGUCGGAAUUGACCAAAGAACAGGAUCGAAACAAACGUCUGGAGAAGCGUGUGGAAUUAUUGGAAAUGGAACAUGGCAAGCAAAUGGAAUGUCUGCAGCAGGCGUAUCGUGAUCAAAUGCUAACACAUUGUCCAGAUUUUUCCAAUGUCAUCGAUGAGGAAAGUUUCCGUCAACGUUAUCAGAGUGAAAUUGAACAGUUGAGGACGCUCUGUGAAAAGGGUUUGUCAGCCAUGGAAUCGUCACAUCGACGUACUAUUAAUGAUUUGGAGGAAAAGCAUAAACAAGAAAUUGAACGUUUGCUAAUCGAAAAGGAAACAGCCUUGGCCGAAGAAACACAGGCCACAUUAGCUGCUCUCGAUGCAAUGCGUAAAGCACACCAAAGUGAGGUACAACGUGAAGUUGCACGCUUUAAACAGGAAUUCCUUAAGCAGUUCCAACAAAAAGGCGAACGUACUUUGGAUUCUACCAAGGCGAAGGAGGAAGAACUGGAGGAAUUGCGUCAGGAAAUUCUAUCAUUCUCCGAAAAGUAUUCCAUCAAAUGUGUUGAAAAUGCUGCAUUGGAAGAGAAAUUACGUGCUGCCAAUCAAAAGCUGAAACAUUACCAACAAAUGCAACAAUUGGAAUUAAGAAACAAACAAUUCCGCGCCCAUUUGGCAUCCGAUGAUCCAACCAAAGAUAUGCAAUAUGUUCAAGGUCUAUCAACAGCCAAAGAUGGUGAUGAUGAGGGAGAUUAUGAUAAUGGAGCUGUGUGUCAAGAUAGUGAGCAUGUGCAUGCAACAAGAAAUUGUAAUCAAGAUGAUAGUAAAGAAGUCCGCAAGGAUGAUGCUGCCGAUGAGAAUGAUGAUGAACGGGACAAGGGACACCAUCUAAAAGAUAGCCGUGAACAAGUUCAUGGGCAAUCGCAAAGGCAGCAAAUGUGGCAGCAGAACGAGUGGCUUGAAGAAGACCAAGGAAGGCAACAACAACACUCUACAACAAAAAUAGUUUUACCAGAAACCAAACCACCACCAUCACCAGCAACAACAACAACAUACCCAUUGCCCCUGUCUCCCAAGCAGGAACAACAUCAUCAGCAAUUACAAUCUAUCAUCAUCACUGGUUUAGAUAGCUCAACUCCAGCCAAAACGUGUUCAAGCCAUGAUCAAUAUGUCUUUGAUGAUGGUCACAAUGAACAUUCUUCUGGCCAUGACGAUGGAGUAGAUGGUGAUACUAAUAAAAAUAAUAAUAACGAUGUUGUUGUUGUUGCUGCUGUAGCACCUCCUUUCGAUACAACAUCAAUAACUAAUAACACAAAUUCGAUUGCCACCACCACCGCCGCCAUCAUUGGCAGCAGCAACAGCAGCUCCAACACCAUAACAACUACACCAUCAAAAACAAAGACUACCACUUCUUCUUCUUCUUCUUUAAUGCCAGCUUCUGGUUCUUCUGGCAUCUAUGGCAAUAACCUAAAAUCCUCCUUAAAUUUUCAUACACAUAUUGGUCAGGACACUGAAAAUUCGAGUGGCGAAGGCAGUGGAGGAAUAACUGCUAAUGCGCACCAGCAAUUGUGA